AUGGACACACUCAUCACAGCUGAAGACUCCUACGACACUCCAGCAGUGUGCGCUGAUGGCGGCCCAGCCAGGGUGAGCCAGAGGAGGCAGCGCCGGGCUUUGAACAGAAGCACCUACUUGUCGAUUUCUGAGGCCCCUCCCAAAUACUGCUCCUGUCCCACUCCGUAUUACAAGACUGAUUACUCUGCCCUCUCCUCAGACUCUCUGAAGCUGCACCUCCACCCUGAUGGCAAGCUAUCCAUCUCCCGGGACACGUGGGUAAAACAACAAGCCAAAGUCAAAACUGCAAUCUAA